GAGCUACAUUUUAUAUCGAGCUAUAAUAGUCCUUGUAACAAAAAUUAUUAGCUGCACUGCAUGUCAAAAAUGAUAUUUGAUUGCACGGUCUUUAACGAGCAGUAUAAUUUUUAGGGAAAAAAGUUUACUUCACGAUGGUAAACCUGUAGUCUUAUAGCGCAUAAUUCAAAAUUUCUUUGUGUACAGUCGCCCAAAAUGAAGUUUUAAAAUAUCAAUCAUCCAACUACAAGUUUUAAAGUGGAAUCGAUGGUACAGGUACGAAUAUAAAAAUUAUUUUGAUAUUUUUCCUGGAUCAAGGCAGUGAAAAUGUGUCCGGUAAAAUUUAACCUACGCUAAAGUCGAUCCCAGCGUCGGUCGAUAUGCGAGCGUUCAACUAGCGGUUAGCGAGACGAGCGUCGCCAUAUUAUGGAUAUCGUUCGGUUGUUCCAAAAUAUCGUCACGCAAUCGACGUUUCUACGAAGCACCAAUAUCGAUAUAUUUCAAUUUGUAAUCUCUAUCUCGCCAGGAUACUUUUUAAAUUUCAUUGCUGCUGCUGUGAUCUUUCACAAAUUCAAAUACUUAAUUCUAUACUUGUUUUUUCUUUUACUUUGCUUAUAUAGUGUUUAUUCUGUAAGGUUAUCGGCCAAAGAUGCCUUAGACUCUUUAGAACUGAUAUUAUACAUAAGUAGGUGAUAAUUAAGGACACUAAAUGUAGUAAUGGAACCAAAAUUAUUAAUUCGUAAUAGACAUCAAGAAAUAUCAGAUAGAUGUAAUACAAGAAUGACUACGAUUGAAUUGGAUCAUGGAGUUGAAAUACUUCAACAUGAUAAAGAUGAAGAUGAAGAAGAAUUUAUACAAACUAAAAACAAUGGAUUGCAAACAGUGUUUGCCAAAUUUAUGGAAGAGAAGCAUACUAUCACUUAUAAAAAAUUAGUAGUGCCUCAGUCUAUGAGAAGUAUCUAUUGGAAGUUUUUUGGCUUUCCAGCAGACGAUGAUGGGGAAAUUUUGACUAGAGUAAAAAUAGUCUGUUUGCUGUGUAAAACUCAAAUUGCUUAUAAUAGGAAUACAAGCAAUUUAAGAAUGCAUUUGCAGAAUAAGCAUGCUCAAGAACUGCAUGAACUUGAAUCAUUCACUCCUCCUCGAAAACAGAUCCUUACACAAGAAAGUAAAGAAAAAAGGGCCCAGAGAAAAUUAUUAAAAGCUGCUAUGUCUGCAAGUUCUCAACAUAUCUAUACCACGAAUACAGAUGGUACUGUUCAGAUUGGGGGAAAUAUACAACUUGUCACAGAUGAAAAUAUUGAAUGCCAAGAGUCAGAGCCGAGUGGAAUUAAUUUGAACAAGCCAUUGAAAUUUAUCUUAAAAAGUGAAGACAUUGAUAAUACUGCAGUAGAUAAUCAGAAUGUUAGUUUUAUCAUACCCGAACAUAAUCGUAGAACAACUAGUAAAACUGUAUCGGAAGCUAUUGUAGAAUUUAUGAUAAUAGACCUUCAGUUACCAGAAAUAGUUCAAGAGCGAGGAUUUCAAAGACUUAUUGCAACACUUAGGUCUCCUUGUCAAAUACCAAGUAAAGUAUCAUUGGAAGAAGAAAUUAUUCCAAAAUUCUAUGAAUCAUUUAGAGAAUCUAUAUUAUCCAGUAUUUCUUCAUUAAAUAAUGAAAUUAGCUUGGCAGUAGAGGAAUGGACUUCUAAUUUUGGAGAGAAUUUUUUCACUUUUAUGAUCUAUUAUCAAAUUCCUGGAGAAGCUGCCUUAGAAUCAAAAAUGUUAUCUACAAUACAUGCUCCAAAAGACUGGAAUGAAGUACAGUGGGGCAAUACCAUUGAUACUCUUUUCAAUGAUUGGUGCAUCAAACUUGAAAAGAUAACUGCUGUUAUUGUGUCAACAAAUAGAACUGAUUUUAUUAAUGCAUUAAUCUGUAGAGGUUUGACAGUUAUUUCUUGUCUAUUGCAUUCACUUCAAAUUUGUGCCCAAGCAUGCUUUGACAAUCCUGAAGUGGCCAAAGUUCUUAAUAAAUGUAGAAGUAUAAUUGGCACCAUCACAAAUCAUCCAGAAGCAUCAUCGGAAUUGACUGUACAGGAACAACUUCAUGGACUGGAGGAAAACACGAUGGCCAUGGAUUAUCCAUCUACAUGGACAUCCACAUACACAAUGUUGCAACAAAUGAUUCCUCGACAAGAAAUAAUUAGCUCAAUUUUCAAUAAUAUUAACAUUGACCAAAGUGUUGAUCUUAGUGAAGAUCAAUGGCAAAUUGUUCAUGAUUUAGUUGAUGUGUUAGAACCAUUCAAAGUAACUAUCAUGACGCUCAGUGAAGAAAAAAUGCCUUUAAUAUCAUUGUUGAAGCCACUACUUUGGCAAUUAGUAUCGGCACAUCUUAAAGUUAAAGAUUUAGACAGUGAAACGGCGCGUUCUUUCAAAGAAUCUUUAUCAAAAAUGUUAUAUGAACGAUAUGCAGAUCCAAAUGUUAGUCUUUUGCUACAAAUUGCUACAACUUUAGAUCCAAGGUUUAAAGAGGUGCCAUAUGCUACAAACGAUGAUAAGAAAAUAGUAACAUCACCUAUUAAAGAAAUGCUCAUAAAAUUAAUUGAAGGAAAUGGAGAUAAUCCAGAUAUUAAAAACGAAGAAGAGCCCAUCACUAAGAAAAGUCGACUAUCAGGCUUAGAGUCAUUGUUAGGAGGCUAUUGUGCAAUUAAGCGAGAGAUGACAGUCCAAGAAAAAGCAGAAUUAGAACUUGCUCAAUACCAAUCGGAGGCUACGGCUUCCCUGGAUAACUGCCCACUUCAAUGGUGGGAAAAAGCAUCAGCCAAGUGUCCAAAUCUUGGUAACGUAGCCAGUCGUUACAAUUGUGUACCAGUUUGUGCUCCACCGCCUUGUCGCAUUCCCGCUGAGGCGCAAAUAGUCUAUCAUGCCAAAAGAGCCGCUCUUCCACCUUAUAUAGUCGAUAAACUUUUGUUUCUACAUGCCAAUCAUAAUCUUGCUUAAAAUGGCAAUUCUAAUUAACAUAUAAACGAAAUAAUAUUAAUUUCAUUAUUUCAUGCAUAAAUUUACUAGAAUAAUUUUUGAUCGGCGAGUUAAAUAUUUGAUGGCUAGAUAAUUGAAAAUAUCCAUGAAUAUUUAA